AUGUCUUCAAACAGUGAUCUAUCAUUCACCUGUGCAUCGCUUCCUCCAGUGUCAAGUGAAAAUUCAGUUCCUGAACAAGUAUCCGGACAACAAGUGGACAGUGAACCAUCGUGUGUAGACAUCAAAUCAUCUUCAAGUCCAAUCAACGAAGAAAAGAUGACUUUCACGAACUACGGCAACGUCGACUACGUCGCUCCAAAACGCUCAUCCUGUAUGUACUCUCCAACAAGCGUCGACUCUAAUGGAUCAGGAUCAAGCUGGAAUUAUUCUCAACAGAGCAAUCCUUCUGCCUUCCAAUCUCCAAUAGAGCCGAAGUUCAACAAUCAGUUCGUUGUGGAUCCCAUUGAAAAUUUGAAUCUGCCUGCGUCUGAAAUUUUGGAUUAUCCAUGCUACCAAAUGCAACUUCAACAACAGCAGCAGUACCUACAGCAACAACAGGGCGCUUGUCAGCAACCAAAACUCGAGAAGAUGAAGGGACAUAAGAAGUCAGCGAUGAAGCAGAAGCUUCAGAAGCAUCAAGCCAGCUCUAAGGUUACCACCAAUAAUAAGAAGAUGACAGGAAAUAUUAAAGCGGAAGUUCGUUACGAUGAACAUGGAAAUCCUAUGGUUUCUGAUGUCGUCCAAAAACGGACGCGUACGGCGUACACGAGUGAUCAACUCUUCCAGUUGGAGAAUGAAUUCAAUACAUCUAGGUAUUUAGCCAGACCGAAGCGUAUUGAAAUGGCACACCUUCUGGGUCUGACAGAACGUCAGAUCAAAAUAUGGUUCCAGAAUCGCCGAAUGAAAUGGAAGAAGGAAGAAGAGGCACGAAAAUUGACUAGCGAAAAAUCAACAACGGACAAAGUCUCCCAAGAAACUCCAGUCCAAACUCUAGGUGCAGGAGUAUCUCCAGCCAACAUGAAUGGUCAACCGAUGCUCCAGCCAGCAGUACAAAUGAACAACCAGCACAACGGAUAUCCUGCUACGUCAGCCAAUUCUGCGUACGUUGUAGCACCAAAUUACACAGUACCUGCAACGUCUAGGAUCUAUCAGACUCCAAUGCAGCCUGACCCAUCUUAUCAGGUUUCUUAUGGCGUGGGAAUUCAAAAACAAGUUGCUCCUCAACAAACCGCUUCCCCGCAAAUUAGCCCAUCAAUAGAGCAACAACAAAAAUGGAAUUCCUGCUGUUACAGCCCGCCUAACAUCACCAUUGGACCACAUUUCGGCAACCAAAGAAGUGUUCAGUACCCACAACAUCAGGUAUGGCAGCAAUACCCACAAGGACAACAAUAUCAGUCAGGGGAGCAGCUCAAUGCCAAUAUUUACACAAGCUACGCCAAUAACAGUAAUUAUAAUUACUCAAAUAACUUAAAAAAUGACAUCAACAGUAAUAAUGUUACUAAUAAUAUUAAUAAUAGUUAUGUAAAUCAGGCGAAUUUUGAAAAUACAACUGGAGGUCAAGACUGGACUCUUCCAGUAUUAAAAGAUGUCGGUGAAUGGUUCCAAAAUAAUAUUGAAAACGCCGAAAAAUGCGAGGAGCGCAUUGAUAUUAGCGAUGUAUUGUUAGAAAAUUAUACAACUUUGUAA